UUGAAAGAGACUUACAAAGACUCCUGCAUGAGCCAUGACAAUUACCACUCAUCCCAUUUUCCGCAAACCUGUGGCUGCUGCAAACGUUGAGCGGUCAUCAUUAGACAGUUAGAAUUCCCUAGUGCCCACUCCAAGAUUUUCAAAUAUAAAAGGGGGAGAUUUUCUUAGUUUUUUCCUCAUCAAUCACUUUACCUUAAAAACUCCAAGUGAUCAACAAUUAAUAUUUCACUAGUUCAUAUACUUCAAUCAUAAAGCCAUGGCGAGAGUUUUUAUGAUCAUUAGCUUGGUUGCAUGCCUUGUUAGCGUUGCUUACGCCGCUAGUGGCACUGCCACUUACUAUACACCUCCUUAUGUUCCGUCAUCUUGCUAUGGAUACCAAGACAACGGCGUGAUGAUAGCUGCUGCCAGCGACGUAAUAUGGAACAACAGGGCAGCUUGCGGGAGGAACUACAGAGUGACAUGCACCGGACCAACAAACCAAGGAGUCCCCCAGCCCUGCCGUGGAAGCGUCGUCGUUAAAAUCGUCGACUAUUGCCCUCCCGGAUGUGCCGGGACCAUUGAUCUCUCUCAGGAAGCUUUUGCUAGAAUUGCUGACCCAAAUGCCGGAAAAGUCAGGAUUGAUUACCAACAGUAAGCCCUCUCUUGGUGGUUUUUUUUUUUUUUUUUAACCUUAGAAAUUUAUUUUUCUACUAUUGUAGAUAAGUUAGUCAGGUGAUUACAGUUUAAUUUUCGGGCAUCCUUAACCAUGGUACUAAAAUCAAAUCAUCUUGUUCGGUUUUUUUUUUUUUUCAGGGUUUGAAGCUGAGAAGCUGCAAAUAGAAGAUGCAACAUAAAUAUGAUGCUCGGAAAUAAGUUGCCUCUUCAUUGGGGUUUGUGAGUUACGACCUGGCAAGCAUAUACGAAUUAAUAAAUCAAACAAAAGUUUGAAUGUAAUAACUCUUUAUGUUUCGCGAAUUUCUGCCAUGAACUUUGUCGUUCAACUUCGAGGUGAUCGACGACUUUGAUAAGUUCAUAAAUCAAAUGAAAUAAAUUACAUAAUUACAAGCGCAUUAAUGCUUUGGGGCCUAAAUUCAAGUUACCUUAUUUUUGGCUUGCCUUUGGUUCAGAUUUAUCCAACAAUAAUUCUUCUUUGAAGCGCAUUACAUACUUGGCUAGCUGCUACUUCUAUCAACCCGAUUGUGGAAAAAUAUUGGUGAAAUUCAAGGCUCCUCAAAUUUGAAUUCGAUCGUCAUAUACAAAGCGACGUUUAAUUCACGAUAAUCAAAAAUUCAAAACAUAGGUAAUGGAUAGUUUGAAGCUGAUCGAUCUCGAUAAGUACUUAUGGAGCUAAGGACUAUUCCGCAUAAUUCCCAUCUAAUUUGAGGCCCAAAAUGGAUUCUUUCUUCACUUUUGAAAUGCUUAAGUUCAUUUUCAUUUCGACCUGUUUCUUUACAGAAGAAGUUGGCCAAAACCCUAAGACGUUGAAUUACAUAAUACAUAUUGCGAAUGAAUAAUACCGAGUUACAUCGUAUUCCAAUUUUUAACUACGAUUUAAUGACAAAUAGUACAUUAUCUAACUACCACAAACCUUUUAGCAACUAGAGAUGCUAUAUAUAGAAUUUCCAGUAAAAUUAAAUUUCAAAAAUAUACA